ACAAUAUCCGAGAUAUAAUAUAAUAAUUAAAAUGAAAAUUACAAUAGUGCUUAUUUUUUGUAUUUUUUGUCCUCCAUUGACAACACAAGGUGAUGCGGCCAUCAAAAAUCAGGUAAUUUGCAAUAUAGCUGGAAGAGUGUGGAGAAGUACUUAUGUAUUCGAUAUAUGCAUGCUGCCAGAACGUUGUGAUAUUAUUGAUGUAGGUCAAUAUGCUUUUGACCGUGAUAAUAGUGUUAAUACCCAUGUAAUGGAAUCAGAUAAAGAUAUAAUAAGAAGCUUAGUAGAAGCUAACAAGCCUGUUUACACACGCAUUGGUUUCGAUCGUCAGGAUGAUUGGGGCUCAAUAUUUAAUCCCACGGAAGCAAAAGUAUUUCAGGCGGAAAAAUUUGAUCCAUUAGUCAAUUUUUUAAAUAAAUUUAAAAUUAACGGUAUUCUUAUUAAUUGUGCAGACGUAUAUAGUAUUGCCGCAGUUGAUGUUGAACAAAAAAUAAGUGACUUUGUGACUGCGAUUAAAAAAAAAGUUGAUAAAUUAAUAGUUGGUAUAAUAAUUUCUGGGUGGUACUAUGAAAAGUUUGAAGAUAAUACGUUAUUUGAUUUUACAAUAACAAAUAAAGUGUUGGAUCUUUAUAUCAUUGAUUGGGCAAUAUUAAACAGUUGUGAUAAAGAUACAGUGAAAACUGGUAUCAGUCCAGUUACAUCAACUAAUCCAAAUGUUAUAACUAUUGAAAAAGUUACUUGUAGUGUAACUAAUUCAAAAAUCGAAAAAUCAAAAAUAUAUGGUAUGGUACAAAUAGUUCCAAACAUUCCGAUAAAUCUUCUUUCAAAAGACGCAACGUAUUCUAUCACAACGUAUUCUAUAACUUGCAGAAAAUUGUAUAGCAUUCAACAUCUAUUGUCUAAAAGAAACCAGUCAUCGUUAUCACAAAAUGACCCCGAAAAGUACGUGAAACCAGAUAUUGAUAUCACACUAUGCAAAUCCACAAAACUUAACGAUAAUGUCACCAAUAUUUUAAAAAGUUGCACCCAAAUUAAGUUUGGUACUAUUUUCACUGACCACAUGCUCAAAAUACACUAUGACAAGCAUGCAGGAGGCUGGCAAAAACCAUACAUCACACCCAUGGAACAUCUCAGCUUACAUCCUGCAGCCAAAGUUCUUCAUUACGCCACUGAGGUAUUUGAAGGAAUGAAGGCAUAUAAAUCAGAACAUGGUCACAUGAAUCUAUUCAGACCGGAACUAAACUUACAAAGGUUAAACUCAUCGGCUGAACGAGUAGGCCUACCAGCAAUAGACUCUGGUAUAUUACUCAGAGGUAUUGAACGCUUGGUGUCUAUAGACAACGAGUGGUUACCUACGUCUGCGCCUCUCAGUUUAUACAUUAGACCUAACCUCAUAGGCACAGAAGGCACACUUGGCGUAGCACCAACAAAUACAGCCCUACUCUACGUAAUAAUGAGCCCAGUGGGAUCAUAUUUCUCUGAAAAAUUCAAGUCUGUCCGACUGAUGGCCAACCCCAAAUUCGCCAGAGCUUGGCCAGGUGGCUGUGGUGACUUUAAAAUAGGUGCAAACUACGCCACCACAUUAUACCCUCAGGAAAUAGCUUCAAAAUUAGGUUGUCACCAAAUGCUGUGGUUAUUUGGUGAGGACCGACAAAUCACAGAAGUUGGUGCGAUGAACGUGUUUAUUUUUUACAAAAAUCAAAAUGGCGAAAAAGUAUUAGCCACACCAGCAUUAAACGGUAUGAUAUUACCAGGCAUCACCAGGCAGUCAAUAUUGGAGUUGGCUAGAGAAUGGGACGAAUUUCGUGUUGAAGAGAGAAUCUUCACAAUAGAUGAAUUAAUUGAACUCAAUAAGAAUAACCAAAUACUUGAGUUUUUUGGAACCGGUACAGCAGCAGUCAUCAGCCCGGUAUCUUCCAUAUUAUACGAAGACGGAAACAUAGAGUUACCAACCAUGGAACAACCAAAUCCGUUGUACGCAAGGCUCUUUAAAACUAUUACUGACAUACAUUACGGCCGGGUACCGCAUCCUUGGACCAGAGUAGUGGACGAAAGACCACAUUUGUACGAAUCUCAGAACUAUAAAUAUGCCAACUAGGAUCAAUAAUACCAAUAGAUCGCACAACACGUCUUGAUAGCGGUCAAUAAACAGUACAACAAACGACAAUAAUUCAUAAAAUGUUUAUUUUUAUGAUGAAUGGCUACAACUAACUACCAACAAUAUUCCGAACGUUUAAAGACAAAAAAUAAUAUUAAUAAUGAGAUACAUGAAUUUACUUUAAUACUCGAGGUCUGCAGAGUAAAAAUUAGCAGAGCUCCAAAAUUGUAUUCAUUCUAUUAUAGAAUGUAAAGUCAUUUCGUUCUUGAUGAACAUAUGUUGUCAGCCAGUCUACAUAAUCCACACUUAAAAUUAAUAGUAAAUAAUAGUUUGUUUUUUAUGACAAACAAUUAUUUCUAUUACAGUUUCAAAAUAUUCCUGAUAGUAAAAUGUUGAAUUUGGUUACAAAUAAUUAAAACUAUUAAUUGGAGGAAAUGGAAAUGGUUUAGAAAAUAAAAAACCAUUCGAAAAAAAUUAUUCCACAUUAUACAAAUUAUCAUAGGUACUAAAUAAUAUAUUGACCGCUAUCUAUAUUCUAUUGACGGUAUAACUGUUAACUAAUGUGAAGUUCAUUGAUUUUGUUCUUGAAAAAUUAUAUUUUUAUAUUUUUAAUUUAAGUUAUUCAUCAAGAAUAACUAACUAUUAAACCAUUAGGUACCUGCAACAAUCAACUAUUUUUUCUAAGUCACCACUUUAUAAAAAUUUUUUAUCUCAAUAAAAAUGAUAAUUAUCAUACACAUAAAUACA